GGGGUUGACCGGCCCGGGUGACAGACUGGCGGGCGAACGACGUCCACCUCACCUCACCUCAUGCCUUACCACCCCGUCUCACUGCUCUGCGACGGAAUCCCCUCAAUGGUGAUUCGUUCAGUAUUUUCCACCUAAAAUCGAGAAAGACUAUCACCAUAUUCCACCACUUACUUCUUGACCCUCAAGGCCUUUGUUCCAAGUCGUGCUUUCCCUCUGCCAGCACUUGGCGCAUCCUCCCCAUUGUCAACUCGGGAUAUCCAAGGAACCCAACAUAUACAACAUUAAAGGAAAAGCCCAACAGCAAAAACAAUGGCAGCCGGCGGCGCAAAGCUCCAAACCCCCAGCUCCGAGGCCGGCGGAAGCAUUCUAGACAACCCCAAGGCUACUGCGGCGGCGGUAGCGGCCACGCCUGGCUGGAACAACAAGAAGUUUAGAGAAGAGUACGAGUCUUUCAAGGCGAAGCUCCUCGAUCAGAGAUUCGACCCCAAAUAUUUCCCGGACCCGUUACUUCCAAGAAGCGGCUCUGAUCCUCGAAAUAACCCAAAGACGACGCCGGAGGCUGAGCGACGGAUCGACAAGAUUAUCGCCGAGUACAAGGCUAGAAGUUAGAGUGGCGGGAUGCGUUGGUCGCUCGAUGGUCUAAUUUGUCGGUUUGGUUUGUUUAAGGGGAGUGGAGGGGCUGAAGAUAUUCGUUGAUCCAUGCUCGAAUCUGCAACUGAAGUAGGAAAAGGGCGAAAAGAGCAAAAGAAGAUAUUGAAGGAUUGCAACCUCUUCUUUUUUUGAAUGCGUGUAUGAGUGCGCCGUCUGCAUCAACUCUUUGUCUAGCUCGUUUGAAGCCCGAAAUAGAGGGCGAGUUUCGAUAACCUUUUCCGCCUCAAAGGAAACACGUUUCAUUCACCUUGUCGUUCAUUCCAUUGUCA